AUGUGUAGAAGGUUACAUGUUACAAGCCAUCCCAUUCUAUUGGGUGAUGAUAUCUUGUAGUGCACCUUUCAGCAAAAGCUUUUAAAAGAUGAACUUUUCAGCCAAGCCGGUAGAGCUGGGCAGUAAUGGCAGGAUUCCAGGGGUUCAAGAGUACAGCAACUCCAAUCUUGAGCUUCUUCCAAAGAUGAAAAGGAUAAACCUGAGAAUGGUGAUGGGAGAAGGAAAGUGUUGGGUGAUUGAUGUUCUACAAUGUUGGAAAAUAUUCUGCAAUGCGAGAAAAUGUUCUACACGGCUGGAGAAUGUUCUACAGUGUUAGAAAAUGCUCUGCAGAACUGGAGACACUGGAAACUUGAGAAAAAUGGUGGUUUACGGGUGAUUUCUACAUGUAGAGGAGUGGGUUGAAGAUGGAAUCUAUUUUUAUUUGGAGGAGAAAUGAGAGUUUUGGUGUGCAAGUCUGUUGUUGUGCUUCAUGCGUUUUUUCCCUCUCUCUCUCUCUCUCUCUCUCUUUCUUUUUGAAAAUGAAGGGCAGAUAAUUUAUAUAAAUGCAGUGAUAUUGUUGUAAUUUUUGGUUGGUGGCUUAGAGGUGUGCAGAAAGGUUGGAGUGAGCUGUUGAAUUUUUGGUGGUUCCAAGCACUACUAGCAACUCUGUGACAAUGGCAUUAUGAAUUGCCCAAUGGUCCUAGUGAAGUUUCGAUGGUUCUGGCGAAGAAACUGGAAAUUGUAUACUUUUGGCAGUGUCCCCAACCAUACAAAAUCCCAUUUUUAGGGAGGUGCUUAAGUGCAAUCGGCAAAAACAACAUGUGCACAGGAUUUGGUGAGUACCCCAAGGCUUUACGCAAGAUUUGGGAAGAUUCUACAAGCAAAUAACAAUCUUUUACGGCAGUUUCAAAGGCCAUGGAACUUGUGUAGCCACCCUUGCAUUAAAUAUGGCUGCAAGUUGCUGAUGGUGACCAAGAUAGCACCUUUGGUUAGUUUUGGUGGGAUUUCCAGUCUUCAGUUAGCAUCAAACGGCACUAUUUCAGGAAUCAAGUUCAUUUCCAUGUCUCUACCAGCCAGCCUCUUUCUGGCGAAGUCGGGCAGCAUUGCCAAUGCCAAGCUUCACUUGUGUGGAUGCCUAGCUUUGCCAAACGGGUGACAUUCAUCCAUCCAUGCUUGCCAAGCCACUACUCUCAUGGUUUAUCCCGAAAAAUUCCCAUGAACUUGGAUUCAUGAGCUUGUGUUUAUCUACAGUAACAGCAGGGCACGUGUGAGUAUAUAUUGAAGAAUAAGAAACAUGUAGGCAUAUG